AUGUUCGAUUCAAAAAAUCAGGCUACGCCUGGUUACUAUGGUCCCUCUCAAACAGCUCUACUGCUAUUAGACUUCCACUCCUUGUUCGUUCAACAUGUCGGUGGACUAAAAGCCCCCGUAGCCCUUGGUGUCGCUGCUGAAAUGCGAGCAUGGGCAAGAACAAAGGGUAUUCGGGUCAUUCAUUGUCUAAUCGACAUUCAUGCCACUCCUUUCGCAACCUGCAAGGAUGCUCCACGAUUUGUGGAGAUCGCCAAAACAAUGCAAUCAGGUGGAGGAGAAGAAUCUACCGAGCUGCUUACAGACAAGGGCAAUGAUGUCACGUUCACUCGAAGACCCGGUUACGUGUCUGCGCUCAAAUCUCCAGGCCUGAACGAAUUUCUGCAGAGCAAUGGGAUCAAGUCCUUAAUACUUACCGGGCUGAGCACAUCUGGAUGCGUGACGAGAACUGCUCUUGCGGCCAAUGAUGCAGAAUACGUUGUUUCGAUCCUCUCCGACGGCUGUGCAGACCGAGAGCAAGAAAUCCAUGAUCUUCUCAUCGAGAAGAUGUUGAAUAAUCGGGGAUUUGUUGCAUCCUCAAGUGAAUUUCGGAAAGGGUAUGAAAGCUGUCUCAAGUAA